AUGACAGGCUCGAAUAGUAUCGGCUCAUUCACACUCUCGAUGAAGGAAUCUAAUCAUGCGCGAAGAACAGUGCAUCGGCCAGUUGAUGAUCCUGCUGCUCUAAUCCUGGAAGCCUGGUCGCAGGGCCUUAUGACGGGUUCUCUCCUCAUCAUGGCUGCGGUUACUUAUGCGAACAUGCGUCCAGGUGUGUUGCUGCAUAAGUUGAUUUUAUUAGAGUUGAUUCUGGCCCUAGCCCACGGAACAUUCAUAUUCGCCCCGGACCCGGUGUACGGCUGGUAUCUGGCUGCAUCCGCGAUUGGAUUGAUAAUAUCAUGGUCUUUGCACAAUGUGAUCGCAUGGAUGAAGAACAGGCCGUUCAUGGGCCGCAAAAUUUCGCUCUUGUAUGUCGGCACGAUCAUCCUGGCUCAGCCGUACUGGGCAACUGAGAUUUACGCCAACUUCGCCUACUUCAAUAACGUAAAUCAGACCGUUUACGAGAAGAUUCGACCAUGGGAAGCACUAUUCCGGUAG